GGUCGGAUAUUAUAAAUACCCGAACCAUUGUUCAGAUCUCCCCCACCUUAUUUUCUUCGUUGUUCAUCGAUUUCUCCUCUACUUAUCUUCUCUCGCAGAGUCUCCCUUCCUCGAAUUUCCAAAAUGAGUAACCAAGCUGAAUCCUCUGACUCCAAGGGAACCAAGAGGGAUUUCAGUACUGCUAUUCUGGAGCGCAAGAAGGCUCCGAAUCGGCUUGUCGUCGAUGAGGCCACUAACGAUGACAAUUCCGUCGUGUCGAUGCACCCUGAGACAAUGGAAAAGCUGCAGCUUUUCCGUGGCGACACGAUCCUCAUUAAGGGUAAGAAAAGGAGGGAUACAAUCUGUAUAGCCCUUGCUGACGACACAUGUGAUGAACCGAAGAUUAGGAUGAAUAAAGUCGUCAGAUCAAACCUGAGGGUUAGACUUGGUGACGUUGUUUCUGUGCACCAAUGCCCGGACGUCAAAUAUGGGAAACGUGUGCACAUACUCCCUGUGGAUGACACCAUUGAAGGAGUGACUGGCAAUCUGUUCGAUGCAUAUCUGAAGCCUUAUUUCUUAGAAGCAUAUCGCCCAGUCAGGAAAGGGGAUCUCUUCAUUGUUAGAGGUGGGAUGAGGAGUGUUGAAUUUAAGGUAAUUGAGACUGACCCGGCAGAGUAUUGUGUCGUUGCCCCAGACACAGAGAUAUUUUGUGAAGGAGAGCCAGUGAAAAGGGAGGAUGAAGAUAGGUUGGAUGAAGUCGGUUAUGAUGAUGUUGGUGGAGUGAGGAAACAGAUGGCUCAAAUACGAGAACUAGUAGAACUUCCAUUGAGACACCCACAGCUUUUCAAGUCUAUUGGUGUGAAACCACCAAAGGGCAUUUUAUUGUAUGGACCUCCCGGUUCUGGGAAGACAUUGAUAGCUAGGGCUGUUGCUAAUGAGACUGGUGCUUUCUUCUUCUGUAUUAAUGGCCCAGAAAUUAUGUCUAAACUAGCUGGGGAGAGUGAAAGUAAUCUUAGGAAGGCAUUUGAAGAAGCUGAGAAGAAUGCACCAUCUAUCAUCUUCAUUGAUGAAAUUGAUUCCAUAGCUCCUAAACGAGAGAAAACGCAUGGUGAGGUUGAACGUCGGAUUGUUUCCCAGCUCUUGACGCUUAUGGAUGGUUUGAAGUCCCGUGCUCAUGUUAUCGUUAUUGGGGCUACAAAUAGGCCUAACAGCAUUGAUCCCGCUCUGAGAAGGUUUGGAAGGUUUGAUAGGGAAAUUGAUAUUGGUGUUCCAGAUGAAGUUGGGCGACUGGAGGUUCUUCGCAUUCACACAAAGAACAUGAAGCUCUCUGAAGAUGUUGAUUUGGAAAGGAUUGCAAAGGACACUCAUGGGUAUGUUGGUGCUGAUCUUGCAGCUCUAUGCACUGAAGCUGCUCUUCAGUGCAUCAGAGAAAAAAUGGAUGUGAUUGACUUGGAAGAUGAAACGAUAGAUGCUGAGAUACUUAACUCUAUGGCUGUUACGAAUGAGCAUUUCAUGACUGCUCUUGGGUCAAGCAAUCCCUCUGCUUUACGUGAAACGGUUGUUGAAGUGCCCAAUGUCACUUGGGGUGACAUUGGUGGCCUUGAAAAUGUCAAGAGGGAGCUUCAAGAGACUGUUCAAUAUCCUGUUGAGCAUCCUGAGAAGUUUGAGAAGUUUGGUAUGUCACCAUCAAAAGGAGUUCUUUUCUAUGGCCCCCCUGGUUGUGGGAAAACCCUCCUUGCUAAGGCAAUUGCAAAUGAAUGCCAAGCAAACUUCAUCAGUGUCAAGGGUCCAGAGUUGCUCACCAUGUGGUUUGGAGAGAGUGAGGCUAAUGUACGAGAAAUCUUUGACAAGGCCCGCCAAUCUGCACCUUGUGUCCUCUUUUUUGAUGAGCUUGAUUCCAUUGCUACACAGAGGGGAAGCAGUAUUGGAGAUGCAGGAGGUGCUGCUGAUAGGGUUCUGAACCAACUCCUGACUGAAAUGGAUGGCAUGUCUGCAAAGAAGACGGUCUUUAUAAUUGGUGCCACCAAUAGGCCUGAUAUCAUUGAUCCUGCACUCUUAAGGCCAGGCCGUCUUGAUCAAUUGAUCUACAUCCCGCUGCCAGAUGAGAACUCUCGAUACCAGAUCUUCAAGGCCUGUUUGAGAAAAUCACCUGUUGCUAAAGAUGUGGACCUCAGGGCUCUUGCCAAGUAUACUCAAGGAUUUAGCGGAGCUGAUAUUACAGAGAUAUGCCAGCGGGCAUGCAAAUAUGCCAUUAGAGAGAACAUUGAGAAAGAUAUAGAAAGGGAGAAGAGGAGAAGGGAGAACCCCGAGGCAAUGGAAGAGGAUGUGGAAGAUGAAGUGUCUGAGAUCAAGGCAGCUCACUUUGAGGAGUCAAUGAAGUAUGCACGUAGGAGUGUGAGUGAUGCAGAUAUCCGCAAGUACCAGGCAUUUGCACAGACAUUGCAGCAGUCAAGGGGUUUUGGCACUGAGUUUCGUUUCUCGGAGGCUGGAACUGGUGCUACUGGGUCUGAUGCAUUUGCAACUUCUGCUGGUGUGGCCGACGAAGAUGAUCUCUACAGUUAAGAUCUUUUGUUUGUUACUUUGUUUUAUAACCUACGUUACUAUACGCUGAUGUUAUGUGCAUCUAAUGGGGGGGGGGGGGGGUUAAAGCUUUACGGGGUAGGGACACUGGGUGUCUCCAGUUUAAAACUCGUAUUUAUAUUUUUUGUUGUUAUUAUAACAAUAGAGAUGGGGAAUUGAGGGUUGGCCAUUUCUUCUGGGGCCAGCCAUCUUAAUUCCGAAUUCAUCAACAAUUGCUUUUAAGGAAAGAAUCAUGUGGUUGAUAUUUUCUGGUUAAAAUCCAUCUAGUAUUUGUGCCAAUAAAACUUGAAUUCUGGUGGUA